GCGAUUGCUCUGUUUCCAUUGAGAACUGCAUGGAAUCCUGAAUCAAAAUACAAAAUGUUAUGGGGAGAUUUAUGAAACAUUUUAGCUGUUGGCUGAAUCGAGACUUUCCAUCGAAACCCUAGAUUGCACAGCCUUUCCUAAGUUGUUUUGCAGAGGUUUGUUGAGUUGGCGAGACUAGAGAGAGAAAUAUAAAUGGAGAAAAAGGGGAAAAAGAAGGUGCUAAAAGACAUGGCAGAUGCUGUUAAUGAGGAUGAUGAUUCGUGUUGGUGGUUUGUUCACAAAGGAAUUGAAUCCUCUUUCCUGUGUAUUGCUGUGUUUGGGUUGUUAGUUCGAGCAACUGUGUCACUCCAUCCAUACUCUGGUGCUGGCAAUCCGCCCAAGUUUGGUGACUAUGAGGCACAGCGGCAUUGGAUGGAAAUCACAAUCAAUCUUCCAGUUAAGGAGUGGUAUCGCAACAGCACCAACAAUGAUCUCAAAUACUGGGGACUUGACUACCCUCCCCUCACUGCCUACCAGAGUUAUAUUCAUGGCAUUUUUCUGAGAUACUUCGAACCUGAUUCUGUUGCUCUUUUUACUUCCCGUGGUUAUGAGUCCUAUCUUGGGAAACAGCUCAUGAGAUGGACAGUCUUAUCCUCUGAUGCCCUGAUUUUUUUCCCUGCUGUUCUUUAUUUUGUUCUUGUGUAUUAUCGGAAUCACUCCAGCAGACGUAAAAGUGAUGUUGCAUGGCACAUUGCAAUGAUUCUAAUCAAUCCAUGUUUGAUCUUAGUUGACCAUGGCCAUUUUCAGUAUAACUGUAUCAGCUUGGGCCUUACUGUAGGAGCCAUAGCUGCUGUUCUCUCUCACAAGGACCUUGUAGCUUCUGUCCUCUUCUGUCUUUCUCUCAACCAUAAACAGAUGAGUGCCUAUUUCGCACCUGCUUUUUUCAGCCAUCUCCUAGGUAAAUGCCUAAAGCAUAAGAAUCCUGUGCUUGAGGUUUCGAAGCUUGGAUUGGUGGUCUUAGGAACGUUCACAAUUAUUUGGUGGCCAUAUCUUAACUCAAGAGAUACAGUUAUGGAGGUUCUCUUCCGCCUAGCUCCUUUUGAGAGAGGGAUAUACGAGGAUUAUGUGGCUAACUUUUGGUGCACCACGUCGAUUCUCAUUAAGUGGAAGAGAUUAUUUACAACACAGUCACUGAAGUUUGUCAGCUUACUUGCCACUGUAUUAACCUUUCUACCUUCAAUGGUACAGCAAAUAAUGGCUCCCAGCAGAAAAGGAUUCCUUUAUGCACUGGUUAAUAGUUCUUUCUCUUUCUACUUAUUUUCAUUCCAAGUGCAUGAGAAGUCUAUUCUGCUACCACUUCUUCCUGCAAGCCUACUAGCUACAGAAUUGCGUGGGCCAUUCGAGUUGUUAAUGCAUUAUGCAUUGUUUUCGAUGUUUCCUCUUCUGUGUCGGGACAAAUUGAUUGUACCUUAUGUGGCUCUUUAUGCUCUCUUCUUUCUUCUUUACUUUACACCCAGUGGAAGAAAAGAUGCCAAGAUUCAUAAUUCCACCACCCUUACCUGCCUCUCAAUUUUGUUGACCUUCCUAUAUCUGUGCUCUCUUCUUCUUCACAUACUUUACUUGAUCAUUCAUCCACCAAAGAAGUAUCCUUUCCUUUUUGAAGCAAUGAUUAUGCUUCUCUGCUUUUCUCACUUCAUAUUGUUUGUUUCUUACACCAAUGCACAGCAAUGGAUGUUGUCAAGACCGUAUACAUUGAAGGAUAAAGAAAAGAAACUGAAUUGACCUUUUAACUCUGGGUAUUAGUUUUGUGUAAUUGAUAUUAACAUUUUGUUUGGUGGGAACAUUUAUCUGGAGGUGGCAAAUUCUUAUGUGAGCAUUUGUUGGGUGACAAACUUUUUUCCUUUUAGGAUGUUUGUAUUUUUCUAUUUUAACACACCACAGUGAAUUGCCUGCAUGAUUUA